CUUAGACCUUGUGUAUAACGAUAAGAAGAUAGAGAAUGAAGUAGAAAAUAUGCCAUUCGAAAAUGACUAAGAGGGAAUGGGCUCUCAGUGCAGCCCGAAUUCUCUCUGUGUAAAGAGUGUUACGAAGGUGUCACAAACCCAAUCGUUCUAUUUCCACGUACUUACAUACAUAGUGAGACUAGUACUGAGAUCAUUCAGGUGAUGAUGAGGGAGAAGAAGAAUGGGCCGGAUGCCGCCACAUGCCGUACCUCGGUGUCAAUGGUAGAGAAUAUAACCACCAAAUAACCACCAAGAGUUCUACUGUAUACAGAUGGUCGGUGUGUGUGUGCAUUGUGCGCUAUAUUUAUCGCGCGCUCUGUCAAUCCGGGAAGAAAUUUGUUGCUCCAUAGAUUCGAAUAUUCUCAUAGGAACUACAUAUACAUAUACAUCCUCAAUGUUAAUCAGCCACUCAAACAAACGAUGUCCUGCCCAUAUGGAGUCGAAUCAGCUUCGCAGUAGAUCAGUAAAAAAAAGUCGACGAUACUUUCCCGCCCACAUCAAGAGUUUGAGGACCUGCUGUGCACCAGUCGGAACGGCAGGAAUCUUGUUCAAGCACGUUAGUGUCCUUGUACACAUCCGGUUCCUGUGUAUGAACCAGGAGAUAAAUACAUGCAGCUCGGGAAAGCGGCGGGGUCUGUUAGUACCUGUCAGUACUCGCGGCAGUCCCAAAUAUUUUCACCGACUCCAUAAAACUGUAAUCUUUCGUGAUGUUUCAUUUAAUAUCGCACUUCCAAAAGGAAACUAGUCGACGACGUGUUUUAAGCAAGUGACCUCGAGGAUUUCUGCAAUCUUACACUGUACCACUGAGUUAAAAAGACACGACAAGGUUAUC